CCCCCUCGUCUCGGCUUGCUCCAGACCUGGAACAAGCGAUGCCAUCGACCAGCGGAGAGGAGGAGCUGCAGCUGCAGCUGGCCCUGGCUAUGAGCCGAGAAGAAAGUGAAAAGCCACCUCCCACAGUGGAUAUAGAUGAACAGGCUCAGCUCCGGAUGGCUAUGAAUCUCAGCAAGAAGGAGGCCCACAAGCCGAAACCAGUCAAACGCGUACCUGCUGCCACUGUGGACAUGGAUGAAGAUGCCCAGCUGGAGCUCGCUCUGAGUCUGAGUAAAGAGGAACACCAGCAGGAACAACUCAGUCGCCAAGGGGAUGAGUCUCAGCUCCUGAAAGCUCUGGAGGAGAGCAAACGUGAAAUGGAGGGAAAAGGCGGGACAGCCUUUAUGGACCUGGUAGAUGUCUUUGCAGUGCCUGCAGAUGUACCUCCUGUCAACAACCCCUGGGAUAAUCCUUCCCACCAGGCUGCUGGGGCCAGGGGCACCGACCCCUGGGACUCCCUGGACAACCCAAGGCCCGAUUCUCCUUGGAUGGUGCCACCACCAUCCAACAGCCCACCACCACCAUGGGAGCCUCCAGCCAACCCCUGGGCUGCACCGCCAAACCGUGUCUCUAACCACAACCCCGCAGGCAGAGAUCUAGCUUUUCCUGGAACCUCUGCCUCUUCUGGAGUUGAUCUAUUCUUGGCUUCGUCGGGAGUGACUAGAGGACCUGUUGGUGACCCUGCACUUCGUAGUGUGAGCCCUUUGGAUGGAGACCUGUUUGAUGAGGCCAUGGAUGGUGGUCCUGCGAGUGUUAAUGGACGAGAGGCUGACAGUCCGGACCUCUUUGAACUGUCCGGUAUCAGAGAAAGCCUGACUGACACCGCCCCUCGCACCUGCCAGACGCCCGAGGCCUUUCUGGGACCCACAGCAGCUUCCUUGGUGAACUUGGACACUUUGAUCCCAGCAAAUCCCUCAGCCAAGACCACAAAUCCCUUUUUAGCAGGCAUUAGUGCUCCAUCAACUGCCAAUCCAUUCCAAAAUGAGCAGCCAAAGCUCAGCCUGAACCAGAUGAGCGCCACAUCUGCAGCUCCCCUUGCCACCUCUCUUCCAUACAGUGCCUCUUUGCCCCUGCCCACCAGCCACCAGGAUGCCACCAUCUCUAUGUCAAUCACCCACCCCCCUCAGCCUGGUCUGGACCUGCCGCAGAAGCUCCCUGAGCCCUUGUUGCCAUUCUCCUCACCCAGCCAUCAGGAAUCACAAGCUGUAGAGAGCACCGAGAACCCUUUCUUAUAAGGACCGCUUUAACACGACAAACAUGACUGAGAGAAAUGAUGAAGGAGCAAAGCACCACACGGUGAUGCUCAUUGAAUAACACAAACCAAACUCCAGUGCUAAAGACUUGUAUGAAAUCUAUUUUUUCCUUUUCUUUUAUGUAUUGUUGUGGAAAAUGGAAUAUUUUCUUGCUGCAAGCUGGUUCUGCUCUCAACAGAAACCUUUAAAAGAGCGGGGACAUUUCAUUGGAAACGAUGGGUGUCAUGCAAGACUUCUCUUGAGGUCAUAAUCUGUUACUGACAGCAAAUAGCAGCUAUGCAAAAGCACAUCAGAUCAAACCCAGUGGAACCUGAAGGUCGUAUCAUCAAACUACAUGCCUCGGAUAUCUGGAGAUUAGCAAAAGUUAUUAAGACAAUGCAUUUAGUGCCUGAAAUGUUUCUGUUCUAACGGAUUUAACCUGCGUGGACCAGAACUGACCGGUUUAACAAUCUACAUAUUCAUUCACUGAAGUGAGACGAAGUGCAGAAGGAACGGAUUAAAGUGUUGUGAUUCAGUUUCUAAGUACGACGAUAUUUAAAAUGGAAAAUUGAAGUUUUAUUAAUUGCUUGUGAUUUACAAACUCCCAUCAAAUGUAGCAGUAAUUUCUACAAUUCUGUGUGUUUUCCAGAUGAGUACUUUUCAUUCCCUCAUCUCCCACAAGCAUCAGAACAUUCUUACGAUCACUAUGGUCGUUUCUGAAUUAUAUGGAAAAUAAUAAAAUGAUGUUCAGAAAUGAAA